AUGAAUAUAGAUGAUAAUUCACCGUUGGACCUAUCGGCGUUGACGUCGUUGGCUUCGUCCUUGACGCUACAGAGUAUGGGUGUGUCUCCAGGCUGUAGUAACGACUUGUUGCUAUUACUGAGAGGACUGAUGGAUAGAGACGCCUGGGCUUUGACAGUCUUGGACGCGUUUGGAAAGCCUGACAGCGGUAUUAAGCAGGGCCGGUUCUGGUUUCCGGGGGGAUAUGAUGAAUGCCUGGGCGUAGACGCUGAUGUGUACAACAACGCGACGGACACGAUGGACAAAUACACAGGCAAAUACUGCCGUCUAGAACUCCCCACUGGAUUACCCAUGGCGUUGGGGGUCGAGAGCGUUAUUCGUGUUGGCUUGUGUGUGUCAAGCAGGUGUAACGUAGCCGACCUCAAUACUCUUGUUGAAGCUGUACAAGAAAACUUGUUCAAUGGGACAACACAAUCAGAGAUUGAAGCAGUGUGUGAUGAGCCUAUGCAGCUCGGAGCUUUUAUAUUGUUUGGCACACUAUAUGAUAUUCUGGCUGUCCAAAUGAAAGGAAACACAAAUGACUGUGACACACAACAUACUGUUACCUCGGGCGUUUCCCAUGUCAAUAAAGCAUUUGUGGGAGUAGAAAACGGCACGGUUCUACAAGCCGUAAAGGAGGAUAAGCCUCCCGUGUACACAGAAAAGGCCGACAACCAUGUGAACACCGAACAAGUUAACGUUGAAACCUUCUCACAAAAACCUGAUCAGGGAACGAUGGAAAGGAUCUUGCUUGCGUUUUCCGUCUACAGCAACGGUGCCAAGAUCCUGAAUACCGACCAGAGAGAGGGGUCUCUAGGUGCCCUGAAUGGUAUUCGGUUCCUGAGCAUGGCCUGGGUCAUCCUUGGACAUACUUAUUUCUUCGUCAUUGGUUUUGAUGCGAAUUUGUUCACGUAUUUCUACGAGCAGCAAUCGUAUGCUUCUUUCUGUGCCAUUAUGUACGCAACCGUCUCCGUGGACUCAUUCUUCACCCUGAGUGGUGUUCUGGUGGCUUACUUAGCUUUGAGGGAGUUGAAGAAAGUUGGGGGAGGAAGGAAACUCAAUUGGCCUAUGUUCUACUUUCAUAGGUUCUGGAGACUUACUCCGCCCUACAUGCUGGUGUUGAUGUUUGGAACGGUACUAUCUCCUUACUUGAUAUCUGGCCCGCUCCGGAUACCCGGUGAUGUGCCAUACAUGGGAGAAUGUCGGAAAAACUGGUGGAUCAACUUGCUCUAUGUCAACAACUACGUGAAUAUGGAUCACAUGUGUAUGGCGUGGAGCUGGUACCUAGCGAACGACAUGCAGUUCUACAUCAUCAGCCCCUUAAUUCUGCUUCCGCUCUUUUACAACGUGGUGGCCGGGGUAGUGUCGUGUAUCGUAUUCCUCUCGGCCACAGUGGCUGCAGGAUGGGUUGUCACGUUCAAACACGAGUAUCCCGUGCAGAGUUUCCUGCCAAACGUCCCGCCACCAAAAGAUGGAGACUUUAACGCAAAUCUAUAUGCCCCAAGCUACUCCCGGUUUGGACCUUACAUAGUUGGAUUAUUUGCUGGCUACCUGCUUUAUAAGUCAAAAAACAAACUAAGAAUCCCAAAGAAACUAAAUCUAUUGCUGUGGUUCUUGAGCCUUGCCACGUUCUGCCUGGUGAUAUAUGGACCAUACUCACAGGACGGCAAUCAUAUAUUCAGUGUGGACGAAUCGUCGGCGUAUAACGCCCUGUCUCGCACCGCCUGGGGAGUGGCUCUUGCCUACCUUAUAGUUGCAUGUUCCACCGGUCACGGAGGCUGGAUAAACGAGUUGUUGUCGUGGCGCGGCUUCAUUCCCCUGAGUCGCUUGACCUACUGUGCCUACCUUAUACACCCUCUCGUUAUGUUGACCUUCUACAUGAACAGACGACAGCUCACAUACUUCACACAGUUUGAAGUGAUAUACCUGUUCCUUGGUCACAUGACUAUUACAUAUGGUCUCAGUUUCAUCGUGUCACUUGUGUUCGAGGCGCCCAUGAUGGGACUGGAGAAAGCUAUCCUCAGGAAGGGUGGAAAAUAG